GCGUCGCGCCUCGACCGGACGAUAGCACGACUCCCCCGCUUCCUGCGCACCCGCCUGCAGCCCCUCCGCGCCGCCCCCCUCACCCACGUCUCCGCCUUCCUCCUCCUCCACGAACUCACGGCCAUUGUCCCCCUCGUCGGCCUCGCGGCCACGUUCCACUACGCGAACUGGCUGCCGCCGUACAUCAGCGAGGGCGCGUGGGUCGCGCAGGGCGUGGAGAAGUUCGGGCGGUACUUCCGGCGCAAGGGCUGGAUUGCCGACGCCGAGGAGGGAGGGGCGGGCAGGGCAUGGGCGUGGGGAGAGGACGCCGUGCGGAUCUUGGUUGAGGUUGGCACGGCGUGGGCGGUCACAAAGGCUCUGUUGCCUGCGCGGCUGCUGUUGAGCUUGUGGGCCACGCCGUGGUUUGCGCGCGUGUGCGUCUCGCCCAUGUCGAAUGGUGUGAGGCGGCUCUUU